GCUGGGAGACCUAGAGAGGGCUGAGGAGGAGCAGGGUGCGAGGAAUGGAACUGCAACAGAGUGCAGCCAGGGGCACUUGGAGGUGGCGGAGCCUCUCAGCCAUGUCCAGAGGAAAGCUGUGCUGGUUCGCAGGUCCCCUGUGCAACCCUAGGCUGAGCUUGGCCCUGGUGCUGCUGGCCCUGGGGACUGUGGGGGCCCAGGAGGGCUCUGAGCCCGUCCUGCUGGAGGGCGAGUGCCUGGUGGUAUGUGAGCCUGGCAGAGCAGCUGCAGGGGGACCCGGGGGCGCAGCCCUGGGAGAGGCACCCCCUGGCAGAGUGGCAUUUGCGGCGGUCCGGAGCCACCAUCAUGAGCCAGCCGGGGAAACAGGAAACGGCACGAGCGGGGCCAUCUACUUCGACCAGGUCCUGGUCAAUGAGGGUGGCGGCUUUGACCGGGCCUCUGGCUCCUUCGUGGCCCCCGUCCGAGGCGUCUACAGCUUCAGGUUCCAUGUGGUGAAGGUGUACAACCGCCAGACAGUUCAGGUGAGCCUGAUGCUGAAUACAUGGCCUGUCAUCUCAGCCUUUGCCAAUGACCCUGACGUUACCCGAGAGGCAGCCACCAGCUCCGUGCUGUUGCCCCUGGAGCCCGGGGACCGGGUGUCCCUGCGCCUGCGUCGGGGGAACCUGCUAGGUGGCUGGAAGUACUCAAGCUUCUCUGGCUUCCUCAUCUUCCCACUUUGAAAGCUCAAGCCUUUCCAGGAUAGAAAUCCCAGCCCCUGGCCAUGGUCUUGAGCCCUCUCCCUUCCCCCAAAAAGGCAGCAUCUUUGGGGGCAGGAAAGAGGUUCCUGCAAGCUGCUCUGAUCCCUGUUCCUCACAUGGGACUGUGUGCCAAACACCCCAGGGUAAGAGUGGCACUGUGACAACUCCAGACCUGGCACUGCUCACCUAGGUGCCCCACCCCCAGGUGCUCUCCCAGCAUCCCUCCGCAGGCCCUUCUGCCUGCAGGCCCCCAGGACCAGGGCUGAGCUUGGCAAAGAGGGAGGCUUGCACUCCCCUGCAGUGGGCUCUGCUCCUCCUGUUCCCCCAUCCUGACUUCCUGCUCACUGCAAUUUGG